AUGGGGGACCCACCUUCACACACAAUCUCGUCUGCUCCUCGCUCCGUCAUGACCAACGAUCCCGACCACACUUUCGAUAUUGCUCCACCCGAGAAGGGCAACGCCGACUUCUUCAUCGAAGACGCCAAGACUGUGUCGCCAACCAAGUACUAUCGGUCCAAGUGGGAGGACUUGGACCGCGUCCAGACAGUCAAGCUCUUCUGGAAGGCCAGCCUUGUGUGCUUUGCUGCUGCCUUCAGUGCCGCGACCGAUGGUUAUCAGGUCACGCUUGCUGGCAACAUUAUUGCCAAUCAGGGGUUUAUCAACCAGUUUGCGACGACAGUUGACAGCAGCGGCACUCCCAUUCUGGCUGCCAACGUGCUCUCCAUCUGGGGCAACAUCGGUUCUCUUGGACAAUGGUGUGGAAUGAACAUUUCCCCCUUCAUCGCCGACCGAUUCGGCCGUCGCGCCGUCAUGUUGUGGUACUGGUCCAUGCUCGUCAUCAGUGUGGCUCUUGAGUGUACAACCAAGAGCUGGGGUGUUUGGACGGUGGCCAAGUGGUUCUCCUUUGUUGGCAUCGGCGCCAUGCAGGCUCAGCUCCAGAUGUACAUCACCGAGAUGUCCCCUACCAACCGUAUCCGCGGUACGAUGCUCGCCUGCUACAACUUGUGGUGGGCACUUGGCCAGUUCUUCGGCCCCGUCGCCCUACAGGUCAUGAACAACCAGAACCCUCGCAUUUGGCGCACUGCCAUUUAUACGCAGUGGGCCCAGGUUGGAAUCAUGUUCAUCAUUUACAGCGUCAUUCCCGAGUCUCCCUGGUGGCUCUGCCUGAAGGGGCGUCACGAAGACGCAAUGAAGAUUCUGAGGCGCCUGAAUGGCAAGGUCGAAGGUUACGAUGUGGAGGAAGAGUACGCCAUUCUUCGCUUGACUGUCGAGCACGAGCAGAAGGUGGCCAACGAGAACAAGCAAAACAAGUUCAUUGCUGUCGUCCAGGGUGUCGACGGGUGGCGCACGAUCUGUACGGCCUGGGUUCUCGUCGUGCAGGGCACCAUCGGCACUUCUCUCAUCUGGGGUUACGUGACGUACUUCUUCAUCCUCGCUGGCCAAACGGACCCCUUCAAGAUCACGUGUAUCACCUCUGCGAUCGGCGUUGCGGGAACCUUGUUUAUCAUGUGGGCAAUGGACCGCCUCGGCCGUCGAGUCCUCGUCAUUGUGUCGUACUGGCUGUGUUGGUUCUGUCUUCUCUUCAUCGGUGUCCUUACUAUGGUGAAGGACCAAAACCAGGCGGUCAAGAACGGAUAUGUGGCUCUGGCCUGCCUCUGGACAUGCGGCAUGUACGUGAGCGGCGGUGUCGGAUGGGCCUACGUCGGUGAAAUCCCAUCGUCCAGGCUUCGCUCGCGCACGGCAGGCUUUGGUGCCUCCAUUGCGACUGCUAUCGGCUUUGCGUGGGGAGGCAUCACGCCUUACAUGAUCAACGUUGCGCAAUGGAACUGGGGUCUUAAGUCCUGCUUCUUCUAUGCCGGCGUCUCCUUUUUCCCAAUUGUGGCCACCUACUUCGUUAUUCCGGAGACCCGCGGUCGCUCGCCCGCGGAGCUCGACGAGAUGUUUGAGAAGAAGGUCCGUGCUUGGCACAUGGCUAGCUACGUCACAGACGUCGAGAAGGAGCGCGCUGCCCAGGCCGGUGUUACCACUGAGGUCGACGAGGCUUAA